CUGACAGGGACGACCUGGGACAGCCCACUCCAGGGAGCAUUUGAUGGGAUUAUAACACUCUUUCCAUCUCACUUUUUCCCCCACUAAGAAUAACCCAGUGUGUCGGCUGUGCAGCCUCACAGAAGCGAUGGACAGCCCUGUGUCAGUGCCGUUGGACUUGUUUUUUUUAAACAGACAGACACAUGUCCAGGGCUGAUUGUUGAGGAAUUUGCUAGCAGCUCAUUUGGAGGAAUUCCGACUGACUGUUCCCCUAUUCAGGAGUACGAGAACACACAGACACAUGCACAAGAGAGGCGUUUCAUCCUGGCACGUCUGUGCUGGAGAGCUGGAAGGAGAAUGAGUGAGGAACGAGCCCCAGAUGAGCGCUGACAGCUGACACCAUCCUUAAAUUAUCUUGAUUUGAUUUUGGCACCACUGUCAGUGAGAUGAUACUGAACGGACAAACGUCUCUUAGAGACAAAACUCUUUGCUUUUUUAGGCUGUCCACACACACACACACACACACACACACAAACAAAGUCAAACACCCCCACAUGCACACACUCUAGAGAAGCUCUGAACCUUUUUUUUCCUACAAAAACAAACAGACGUAGUCUUAUCAUCAGGACCAAAAGCUGAGCAGCAAAUGAAAGAGUAAUACUUACAGCUAAUGUGUAGAGUGUAAUAAAUGCAGCAGGCCUCUCUUAUUGUUCCCUUUCAUUCACACCCGUGCCAGGUGCAGCUGACAAGACUCUGCACUGAUUUCUCCUGUUUUGCAUCUUGCCAUCAUUUUGCAUCUGUCACUCUUGGACCUGUUUUUCCUGCACCGUCCUCUCAAAGGGAUCUUUCUUCUCAGGAGCACAGAUAAUGUAAAGGAAUUUUGGACAGCUCUCCUCUCUCAUUCACGACAGCAUGGGGAUUUUUGUUGCACCACACAUGUCGACUUUGUGCAUUUCCCACCUCCCAGAGCUGCUCUUUUGACAUUUCUCUGAACUAUCCUUGAGCUGUUUAUCCACCGUAAAAAUGAUGAGCAAAGACUUGCGCUUUUCGAGGAAGAUGCAUGGCAACUUCUCCACGCGUAGACACUCCUGCAUUGGUUUUGAUGUGGAAAAUGGAUUAUCAGUGGGUCGCAGCCCUCUGGACCCUCAGACCAGCCCUGGCUCUGGUCUGGUCAUACAGGCCAACUUUCCCCACAGUCAGCGGCGGGAAUCCUUCCUCUACCGCUCUGACUCUGACUUUGACCUUUCACCCAAAGGUCCUUCCAGAAACUCCUCCACUGCCAGUGACCUGGAAGAGAGCUUGAAGCACUGGGAAGUCAACUGGUUGUCAUCUCGACACACAGAAGACAUGAUCGUCACACCCUUUGCUCAGGUCCUGGCCAGCCUGAGGACAGUUCGUAGUAACUUUGCCAUCAUAACUGGCCAGCAAGACCGGCCGGCCAGCAAGACACGAUCCUCAGGAAGCAACCCACCAUCCAUGUGCAAGACCAGCCUUGCAGAGGAGCCACACCAGCAGCUGGCUGUAGAGACUCUGGACGAGCUGGAUUGGUGUCUGGAGCAGCUAGAGACGCUGAAAACUCGUCACUCUGUCAGUGAGAUGGCAUCAAAUAAGUUCAAGAGGAUGCUGAACCGAGAGCUCACCCAGCUGUCAGAAACCAGCCGUUCGGGGAACCAAGUGUCAGAGUUCAUCUCGAGCACCUUCCUUGAGAAGCAACAUGACAUGGACAUCAUGUCUCUGCCCUCCAAGGAGAAGGACAAGAAAAAGCGACCUAUGUCCCAGAUCAGUGGUGUGAAGAAGGCUACACACAGCCCCAGCCUUGCCCCCUCCACCAUCCCACGCUUUGGGGUCAGUGCCAGCCAGGAAGGGCUCCUAGCCAAGGAGUUGGAGGACAUAAACAGAUGGGGCAUUGACAUCUUUAAGGUCUCUGAGUAUUCUGGAAGUCGUCCACUGACGGUCACCAUGUACACGAUAUUCCAGGAACGUGACCUGCUCAAGUCCUUUAAGAUUCCGCCAGACACCUUCAUUACUUUCAUGAUGACUUUGGAGGAUCAUUACCAUGCUGACGUGGCCUACCACAACAACAUCCACGCCGCCGAUGUGGUGCAGUCUACACACGUCCUGCUGUCCACACCUGCCCUGGAGGCUGUGUUUACUGAUCUGGAGAUCCUCGCUGCCCUGUUUGCCAGUGCAAUCCAUGAUGUGGAUCAUCCUGGAGUUUCCAAUCAGUUCCUCAUCAACACCAACUCAGAGCUGGCCCUGAUGUACAAUGACUCCUCGGUACUGGAGAAUCACCAUCUGGCAGUGGGCUUCAAGCUUCUGCAGGAAGACAACUGUGACAUCUUUCAGAACCUCAGCAAAAAACAGAGGCAGUCGCUGCGCAAAAUGGCCAUUGACAUGGUGCUGGCAACGGACAUGUCUAAACACAUGAACCUUUUAGCAGACCUGAAAACCAUGGUGGAGACUAAGAAAGUGACUAGUCUGGGAGUCCUGCUCCUGGACAACUACUCAGACCGCAUACAGGUUCUCCAGAACAUGGUGCACUGCGCAGACCUGAGUAAUCCCACCAAACCGCUGGAGUUGUACCGACAGUGGACAGACCGCAUCAUGGUAGAGUUUUUCACCCAGGGGGACAGGGAAAGGGACAAGGGCAUGGAGAUAAGCCCCAUGUGUGACAAACACAAUGCCUCCAUUGAGAAGAACCAGGUGGGUUUCAUUGACUACAUUGUUCAUCCUUUAUGGGAGACGUGGGCUGACCUUGUCCACCCAGACGCUCAGGAGAUCCUGGACACAUUAGAGGACAACAGAGAGUGGUAUCAGAGCAUGAUCCCCCACAGCCCUUCACCCUCGCCAGAGGGACAGGAGGAAGAGGAGGAGGAGGAGGAGGAGGAGGAGGAGGAGGAGGAAGCCCCAGCAAGUGAAGCUUCAGCACCUGGUUCCACUUCCACUGAUAAGUUUCAGUUUGACUUGACCUUGGAAGAAGAGGGAGAGUCAGAUACAGAGAAUCCACCUGAGGAGGAAGGUAGCUGCACUCGCAGGAGGGAGCCGGAGUUUUCCAGAACUGGUUCUGCUAAGACUCGCCGAUUCCCCAAGACGCUCGCCACUGAUUCAGACAGGACGUUUUCUUUAGACUCUGAAAAAGAUAUGGCAGAAGAAAGAGAAACUGACCAGGAAGAGGUCUCUGCGGUAGCACGGAUGAGACUUGGCACAUAGCACAAUUUAAAAGUUCUUCUUUUGGCCUUUUAUGUUUAUUUGUCUUGGUUUUGGUGCCUGCUCCUUUGUCACUGCACCUUCUCCUGCUCCAGACCAACACCACCACCUUUGGUUUCCGUGGACAGGGUGACAGCCUGGGGUUGUGGAGCAAGGAAGUUUGGGCAGGUGUUGAGAAUGUCUGCAGUUUUACAUCGCAGUCACUUGCACUGGAGACAAAACUGACUCAGAGAGGACAGGGAGCCAACGUUCUGACCGGUCCUUUGUGUUCUGUGUCUUUCAGUCAGACUUAUAAAAAAGGAUGAGAUGUUUAUUUUAGCACCAGCCAUCCCAAGAUCCACUACACAGAAAGUACCGUCUUCCUUUUGUGGAGUAAUUGUGAAGAAAGUGAGGAAGAGGUGAAUGAUUGUGGAAACGCAACAAAGUCUUGUAAAACGUCUUGCCAAGCUUGCAGUUGUAUGGGGACCUUGCUAAUCUACCUGUCUUUUUUAUUUUGUCAUAUUUUGUUGUCCAUUAUUUAGGUCUCUACGCCACAAAAAAAGGAAGAUUUAAGUCCAAGGCAGUGUAGGAAAAGUAAUGUCACAAAGAAGCUGCGUAUAAUUGUAUGCAGUACACUUUAAAGGUAGCAGACAUUAUGACACUGUUGUUACACAUGCGGAAAGUUUAUUACUUGGAUAUGGUUACAAUGAAUGGGCCUGCAGUACAUAUUAGAAUUUUCACCUCGGGCUCCUGGCUUAUUAAACAAUUAUAAUGUCAGCAGCAGGACUGAGCUGGGGUCAGCGUGGUGUCGUGCAGUCAUAGAAUUACAUCUAAAACAAGAUGGGCUGUGCAUACAGUGCCCCCAAGUGUCGGCAAGAGGAACUUCUGGAGUUGGAGGCAAAUACACUGCUCAGCAAAAAUUAAGCAAACACCUAAAUCACACAUAAAAUCUUGAAAUUUAACAUGACAUCUAUUUCUGGAAACCCAAAGCGCCAACCAGCUGAAUUCUAGAACACAAAGAAAAUCUAAGGCUGUGAUGAUUAAGUGUAUGCUUCAUUUUUUUUUUUUAGCAGUGUUUAGCAUAGCCCUAUAUGGAAAACACAUUGGAAGGUGUGCUUAACUGUACUGGACUACCCGAAAUAUCACUUUAGUCUCAGCUUUGUUGUUCUUUAAUUAUCUUUUUUUUGUGUAUGCUAAUCAUUUUUGCUUUAAAUCCUGAAUAUUUGGCACCCAUUUUAUCAGUUUGCCUUCAAGUUUGGCAUUUUACCGUUCAUUGCCAGCCCUCAUUGUGGUUUGUCAGGACUCGAGCCAAAACAUGAACUCGUUGGAGGCAGUAGACUGAGAAACAGUUUGUUACUGAUUGUGAAGCAGCCAGUACAAACAUCAUGCAAAAAAAAAAAAACACUA